AUGAAGUCUUCUCAGCUGGGAUUUCUCCUAGGGCUCUUCAUCUCCUCCUUGUUGACUACGCCAUUAAUGGAAGGUGUUGCUAAACUUUCCAAAAUGAUAUGUGCAGAUCUCAAAGAUCCCUGCAUCAUGGAAAUGGAGCCUGGCAGCUGCUUUGAAGUUCACAUGUGAUAUCUCUACAACCAAACCUCCAAAAGAUGUGAAAGUUUUGUCUUCUCUGGCUGUAAUGGAAAUCUUUACAACUAUGUGCUUAAAAUAGAAUGUCAGAUAUCCUUUGUUGAAGAAUACAAGAUCAAGUAA